UUGUGACUGUACCGUUUUGAUCACGACGAAGUUUUGAUUUUGACGUGUGAUAAUCAUUAAACUAAAGAUUGAAUUGAUGAGUUUGGAUUAAAAUGUUCUCACAAGUCGUUAGUAAUUGUUUUCGAAAAUCUUUGUUGCAUGUAAAAAAUAUCAGCAAUCAAAUUUUACGAAAAAACAUGUCAAGCAUUUCCAGCUAUCAGUAUGAAACAAUAUCUGUAACUUCUGAUCAGGAAUAUGUCUUACAUGUUCAGUUAAAUCGCCCAGAUACUUUAAAUGCCAUGAACAAAAUUUUUUGGCAUGAAAUUUUAGAUUGUUUCCGGAAAAUCAAAGAUGAUAAAAAUUGCCGAGUAAGUAUCAUUUCUGGAGCUGGGAAAAUGUUUUCAGCAGGAAUAGAUUUUAAUGAUAUGCUGGAUUUAACAUCCAAAAUUGUAAGUAAAGAAGACAUAGCUAGGAAAGCCAAAUACUUGCAAUCUAUUGUUGAACAAUAUCAGAUGUCUUUCACUGCAAUAGAAGAUUGCCAGAAGCCUGUCAUUGCGGCAAUUCAUAAUGGUUGCUAUGGAGCAGGUGCCAAUUUAGCUUGUGCCUGUGAUAUCCGUUAUUGCACAAAAGAUGCAGUCUUUGUCAUCAAGGAAAUUGAUAUAGGGCUUGCAGCUGAUGUCGGUAUAUUACAGAGAAUGCCAAAAGCAGUUGGCAAUGAUAGUUUACUGCGCGAAUAUAUUUAUAGCUGUGAAAAAAUUGUGUCUAAUGAAGCAAAGGAAAUUGGUAUUGUAAGCAAAAUUUUCUCUUCUAAAGAGUUAAUGUUAGAAGCUGCUAAUCGUCUUGCUGGUAUUAUAGCAACUAAAAGUCCAGUUGCUGUACAGGGAACCAAAAUUGCCUUAAAUUAUUCUAGAGAUCACUCGGUUAAAGAAGGGCUGGAAUUUAUGACACUAUGGAAUAUGACAAUGUUACAAAGUGAGGAUGUUUUAAAAGCUGCAGAGGCUACUAUUACAAGGUCUAAAACUCCACCUAAAUUUUCAAAGUUAUGAAAUGUCAUUCAUUUUUAUGUGCUAUAGUGUUAUUUACCAAAAGCACUUGUAACUGUUAUAUAUAAUAUAUGCAUUAAUAAUCUUGCCGCAAAAGAAAUGGUCAAAGUCAAAAACACAGUAUUGCUUAUUUAUGAAUAUUUUUAUAUACUUUUUAAUAUUUCUGCCUUAUGCCAAGGUUGGACUGAUAUCAUUUCCUUGUUAAAAAAUUAAUGUAUUUUGCUAAAAAUGUAAGAUGGAAUUCUUUGAAAUAAAAGACAACUUGUCUUA